ACUAAAAUGGCGGAUAAAAAGCCUUCCAAAACAAAUUUGUUUGAUGAUCGAGAUUCUAAACCAGAGAAAACGGAGAGUCCUCUUGACUUUCUCUCGCGCACUGGUAUUACAAGUGACAUCAAAGAUGCAAUAACUCUUAUCAUUGAAAACAGGCCUGAGGAUCCAAUCGCUUUUAUGGCUGAGUUUUUUGACAGCCGCGCGAUCACAACCACGGCACUUGUGAAGGCCCAUCAAAAACUGCUGCUAGCACAUCAUUCAAGACCAUCUUUCCAAAUCAACCUGGCAGCAGCCUAUAACAUCUUGAAACAACAGAAAAAUAGUAAUGGUCUACGAGGACUUACUGGAAAAAUAUACAAUGAUUUAUUGACUCUGUUAUGCAAAGACUUGACCGGGGCAGAAUCUGAACCUCUCCAAAAGCGAAUCAUGUGCUUUAGCCAUGAGGUGAUUCGCUUUCCAGUUUUUAAACUUGGAGUUUUAUCCACAUUUAUAUAUCAAGACUUUUUGAAACAAGCGGAAUCACUGUACAGUGAGUUGGACUUAACAGGAAGAGGCAAAGCUGAUAAAAAUCUCUGUGAAGCAAUUUUAAAUGAACUACGACAGGCAGUUGUCAAGACAACAGCUGAUCCCAUCAGUAUCAUUCACACUGGCUCCAUGUUGAGUUCUCAACGACUCAAUAAAGUAAUGGCUGAGGCAUUACUGAAGAGUGGAGCAACCAGUCAGUUAAUGGGCGCUGAUGAAUUCAUUGUAAGCGCAGCAGAAAUCCUGCUUGAACAGAUACCAGACUUAAGAUGACCCUGGUGACACUGUGGGGAAUUACAACAAAAGAUACACCCUUAAUCAGGCAAAGUGGCACAGGACAACCACUCUACAUCAGUGGAUGAACUUCCAGGUGAUAAGAUUAUUGCCACAGGCUAAACCUAAGCUCACGAUGUUUAUCAAAGAGUUUGCUAAGUGACGGAUCCUCAACACACCAUGGUCAUCGCACUAAUGCUACUUGCUCAUAAACUGUUCAUUCAAGAAAAUAUUUGCCACCCCUAUCGCAGCAUUUCAAUCAUCAUUUCGCAGUCAAUGUGUGUUUUUCCAACAUCCUGAUUUGUCACGUUAGGGUUUUGAUAGUCUCAAACAGGAAACAAGACUCUCUUGGAAAGUAAAGGAAAGAAUUCUCUGCCUUUGAUUGUUAUUAUACAACAGUACAAACUGUCAAGAUGAUAGAUUGACAUUUUAAAAUGUUUGUUUAGUUACAUGUAAAACCCACUUCUAACUUUCCAUUGUACCCAGGGUAAUUCUAAAGAGUGACCAGCAUCUAAUUUCUCCUUUCAGUGAUACUGUUGAAUCAUUUAUUGAGGUUAUGAGAAGAAAGGAAAUGAUAUUCAACCUACAA